UAAUAAAAUUGUUUUAUUUCGUUAAAUGGAUGAUGAAGUUGACUAUAGAGCUCUCAUAGAAAAACAUCGAGUUGAGACAAUUAAAUGCUUGGAUCUUGAUCGCCAGUUUCUAUUCAGCUAUUUGCGAAGCUACGCGGUUUUGGACGACGAAGAUUGUGAAAUAAUAUUAAAAGCUGGUCCAAGUCGUCAACAAAAAUCUUCUAAAUUUCUUGAUGUCUUAGCUACUCGUGGUCCUAAAGCUUUUCAAUAUUUUCUUCAAGCUCUAGAAAUUGAACAUGGUCAUCUCUAUGAAAUAUUCACUGGAGAAAAAGCAACAAGACCAUGCUCUGUAUCUGAUUAUUCGGUGCCUUGGACAGUUUUAUCUGAAAAAGCCCUUCUAGAUCAUGAUAGAGACUUCCUUCUUAAAGAAAUAACAAAACUUGAAGAGCAGAACCGAAGUCGUGCGUAUAUGUAUUCUAAAACUAUGAGAGAAAAAGUAACUUUGGAAAACCAAUUAGAAGAUCUUAAAAAAGAGCUUAAAGAAAAGGAAAAAAAAAUUGAAGUAAUGGAAAAAGAAGCGAAAACUUCAAGUAAAUUAGUGGAAGAACCAUCGCAUUUUCAAGCUUUCCAUUUUACAGAAUUGAUAAAAGAUAAUUCAGAAAAAGCAAAUGCAAUUAUCGUGUUACAAUCACGUCUACUUUUAAUUACAGAAAGAAAUGAGCGUCUUUCCAACCAAAAUGAGCAAUUAUUAAAAAAAAAUGAGGAGUUAAUGUGUCAAAUACGUGAUCUUGCAAUAAAAUACGAUUUCAAAAGAAUGGAAUCAAAACGUUUAUCAUAUCAAAUAAAUCAAAAUAACGGUGGCUUAAAAGAAGCUUCUAACUGUAAGAAAGAAAUAUAUUCAUUAAAAUUUAAACUCAUUCAAGCCAAUGAAAACACUGGUGUUGCUGAAAAAAAGGUAGAUGAAUUGCAGAGAAUAAUAUCGGAACUAAAAAUGCAGCAAAAUAUUGUCCAAUCAGAAAGAUGUAAUGAAGUGGUAACAAAAGGUCAAGAAUCGGUCAAAUAUUUUCGACUUGAAGAAGAAAUUCGCACUUUGAAACAAACGAAAAAGGAGUUAAACAAUAAAGUUGAAGCAUUAAAACAAAAAAUAGAUCGACUCGAACAAGAAAUAGAAACGCACAAAGAGGAGAAAACAUUCUAUUUAAAUGAAAGACAACAAGCAAUAAGCGAUCGAGAUCGAAUGCAAGAAGAUCUAAAUGAACUACAUAGACAGAACAAAGUGCUUCAAGAUAUAAAAGAAGAAACUGUACAAAAGCAGAUUAAAAUAUCUUCUCAUUACGAAAAAAAAAACAAAGACCUUAUUUUUGAACUAGAAAAGAUUAGAGAAGAGUUAGCUUCUAAAACAUAUGAAUUAAAUUCAUUAAAAUCCAACAAUAUACAUAAAAAGAAUAUAGAAAAACAUGACAAUGAAGUUAUGGAACUUGAUUUAAGUAAAGAAGAACCAGUAAAUGACCUUGACGAGCACAUUGUGAAUUUACAAAAAACAUCAAAAGUUAUUUUCCAAAAUAAACGUCAAUCUACUAAUAUAUCAAACAUAGAGCCUUUUGAUCUCACUCAACCAAAUAAUUUUUGUAACCCAGAAGAGAUAUUCACAAGGUUGCAAAACCCUAUAUCUAUUGCUGCACUAACGCUCACAGAAACUUGUUUAACUCAUUCACCAAAUAGCUAUAACAAAAAUCUAAACUGUUGCCCAUUGUGUCAAUUAGGUUCAGAUCACUCAGGUAAACGAAAAUUAACAAGAACCUAAACUGAAAAAAAAAAAGAAAAUAAAAGCCAAUUAUUAUGCUUGUAUACUAUAAAUAAUUUAUGUAAAAAUAAAAAAGAAAUUUUUUUGUUAUUUAAAUAAAUAUUUGGCUCAUUUUGUUUUCUAGUUUUUUAAAGUUGCUGAAAUUUAUUGAAUUUUAUUUACAAAUGUAACUUAAAA